CGGCCAUUCAGUAGAUCCCCACCGAGCAGACUGGACUGCCGUAUUCAGAGACCCAAGCUCCUCCAGUUCCUGUUUCCGCUGCAGCCUUUCUGCUCAGUUUUCUGGAGCAACAAGACUCGCAGCAGACCCAGCCUCCAGCAGCCCCGCCGCCGUCCCUCCGGUCGGAUGCCUCUGGAAGCUGGCGCGUCAGAUAAAGAAUGCAACUUGAAUAAAAGAAUCCAGUGGGACUGGACGGACACAGUGCAGUACUCUUGGAUAAGCUGGUCAGCGCGGAGCCGGGGGAGAGGUGAAGCCACUAAUCGGGCCGUCAUGCUUUAGCACACAGGAAAGACUGGCUGAUCACUGGAGAAGCACCGUUUGCCUUUUCAUAGAUAAUCCUGAGCCACAGAGGUGCGCAUCUCCCACUUAUCUGCCAUUUGUCAUCCUUGCAAAGAUGCCAGUGCCAAGAUUAGCGCGGUGGCAUUUCUGGUGACGGAGCACACAGCUUGCGUGCGCAUCCAGGCAGGCAGGCCGGCUGGUGGAUCGACGGACGGACGGGCACACCACAAGAUAUUUUCGGUGGGCGUGGUGGAAGCAUGAGGCCCUGGGCAGGCUCUUGGCGGUGGAUUACCCUGGUGCUGCUAGCCUGGGGCACUCUCCUCUUCUACAUCGGUGGCCACUUGGUGAGAGACAGCGAGCAUCCAGAGCGGUCCAGCAGGGAACUCUCCAAGAUUUUGGCCAAGCUUGAGCGGCUUAAGCAGCAGAAUGAAGACCUGCGGCGUAUGGCAGAAUCUCUCAGGAUACCAGAGGGUCAAGCAGAAGCCGGGUCGCUGGCGGCAGGAAGGCUCCGCUCCCUGGAGGACCAGCUGACCAGAGCCAAGCAGAAGAUUCACAGCUUCCAGAAACUAACUGGAGAUGGGCCCGGCCCCACGCAGGAAGAGCUGCGCAGGAAGGUGGAGAACGGCGUCAAGGAGUUCUGGUACUUUGUGCGGAGCGAGGUGAAGAGGCUUUCCAAUGUGGAAAUCAGCGAGAGGCAGAAAUAUGCUGACACACUCCUGCAGGACCUGGGACAUCAGGAGAGAUCCAUCAUGACAGAUUUAUACUACCUCAGCCAGGCAGAUGGAGUUGGCGAAUGGAGAAUAAAGGAGGCUAAAGACCUGUCAGAUCUGGUCCAGAACAGAAUCACCUACCUACAGAAUCCCCCAGAUUGCAGUAAGGCGAGAAAGCUGGUGUGUAACAUCAACAAGGGCUGCGGUUAUGGCUGCCAGCUCCACCACGUCGUCUACUGCUUCAUGAUCGCGUACGGCACUCAGCGCACGCUCAUCCUGGAGUCGCACAACUGGCGCUACGCCCCCGGCGGCUGGGAGACCGUCUUUCUGCCCGUCAGCAACACAUGCAAUGACCGGUCUGGGGCUUCCACUGGACACUGGUCAGGGGAGGCUCAUGAUAAGGAUGUUCAAGUUGUGGAGUUGCCCAUUGUGGACAGUCUACACCCUCGGCCCCCCUACUUACCUCUGGCAAUCCCGGAGGACCUGGCCCCUCGUCUGCAGCGUCUGCAUGGCGACCCGUCUGUCUGGUGGGUGUCGCAGUUCGUCAAGUAUCUUGUUCGCCCUCAGGCGUGGCUGGAAAAGGAGAUCCAGCAGACCACCGCCAAGCUGGGCUUCAAACAUCCCAUCAUCGGGGUCCAUGUUAGGAGGACGGAUAAGGUGGGCACAGAGGCAGCCUUCCAUCCAAUAGAGGAGUACAUGAAGCACGUGGAGGAACAAUUCCAGCUUCUAGCCAGACGCGUCAAUCUUGACAAGAAGCGGGUUUAUUUGGCCACAGAUGAUCCCUCCCUGCUGCAGGAAGCUAAGACAAAGUAUCCGGACUACGAGUUCAUCAGCGAUAACUCCAUCUCGUGGUCAGCGGGCCUUCACAACCGUUACACCGAGAACUCACUGAGAGGCGUCAUUCUGGACAUCCACUUCCUGUCUCAGACGGACUUCCUGGUCUGCACGUUCUCCUCACAGGUUUGCCGUGUAGCCUAUGAGAUCAUGCAGACACUCCAUCCGGACGCCUCCUCUUAUUUCUACUCCCUAGAUGACAUCUACUAUUUCGGAGGUCAGAACGCCCACAAUCAGAUCGCCAUCUACCCGCACCAGCCACGCAACAGCGAGGACAUUCCCCUGGAGCCUGGUGACGUGAUCGGCGUGGCCGGCAACCACUGGGACGGAUACUCCAAAGGCAUCAACCGCAAGCUGGGACGCACAGGCCUCUACCCCUCCUACAAGGUCAAGGAGAAAAUUGAGACGGUGAAGUACCCACUGUACCCCGAGGCAGACAAACUGCUCAACUCUCAAAACAAGUAAAAAAAGAAGACAGUAGGGAAAAAAAAGAAGAGUAUGGAGAAACAUGUAGUCUCCGGUUCCAGGGAAGGAGGCUGCCUUUUUUUGUACAGAAGAAAGAGGCGUACACGCUGCGCUAAGCUGAGAAGAAAAGAAAAAGCCUGCACCCAGGGGUGAUAGGAACAAAAUGCACUCUGUGUGUGUGUGUGCGAGUGUGUGUAUCUGCGAAGGCGUGUAUGAGUGCGUGCACUUUUGUAAAUGCCUGUGCAUACGUCAGGUCACGGAAGACUUGCACCCUACCACUGCUCCCUCUCCCCAGCGCCCCCACCUGACGUUUUGACGUCGGGUUUGUAGAGAUACGUAGACGUGAACAUUGAUUUUUAAAACAAAUCAAGAAAAAAAGAAAUAAAAAACAAUUAAGAUCUCCACGCAAGCGGGCUGAGCUGUCCGUCCUGAAAUGACACUGGGACUACUGUAAGCCUGGCACGCCCCAGUACGAGCUUCGAAUCAAUGACUGAAGAAACAAACAAAAAAAUCUAAUUAUGUGUUUUGAUUUUUAUUUAAUUCUUUCCAGUGGUUUUGAUUCUAAUCUUGCCUUGUUUUUCCUCAUGUACUUUUCUUUGUUUUUUGUUUACUGAAUGUACUGUGUCCUCUUCUUGCCAUGCUUCUCGUCAUCUCACCGUGCUUCCUCCAUUUCAUGUCAUCACGUGCAAUUAAUUUCACUGAAACCAUGUUGUGCUUUUAUCGAGUGUUUUUAACAGUCUUAAUUUUGUGCGCCUGGGGCUUGUGCAUUGUAUACUGUACAGUGUGUGUGCUCGUGUGUGUGGGCGUGUGCGCGUGUGUGUGUGUGUGUGAAAGAGAGAGUGAAAAGCAGAGAAGGAUGUGUGUGAUCAUGUGUGCCUGUGUGUGAGGUUUAAGUCUAAGGGGCCAUGUCAUAACCAUGUGCCUGGUUAUUCUUUUUUGUAUAUCUGAGUGAACAGUGUUCGGGCGGCGGCAGUGGGGACUCUGAUCGGCCCUUAGCACUUAGAUCAAACCACGAACACCUGUCACUCCACUGCUAGCGAUAACAAACAAUGAUUAGGUUGUAUGAAGAGUGAUAAACUCAUGGUGCACCGAUACACGAGCCGUCCCGAGGCUCACCAAAAAGAAGCUCUCCAAUGAUGAUUAGGUCCUUUUUAGGCAUUUUUUCUGCCUCCACCAUUGUCGUUUGUUUUCCUUUUUUUAUUUUGCUGUUUUAAGAUUUGAAAUAAAUAUAUGUUGUUGUUUUUUUAAAGUGCUAUGUCAUAUCAAACCUCCCCACCAUGAAGGCUUUUUUCAUAACUUAUGUUCUUGGGCAUUGUCUUUGAUAACCACAAAUCAAAUAAACUUGAGAAACACA